GCCCUGACCGAGGUCGUCACUGUGUAAAGAGGUCUCUGUCCCGUUCUUGCGUCAGUCAGCUGUGCCCUCUCGUAUCUCGCGCCUCAGCAAGACAACCCUCGUCAGAACCCCACAAAAGGAAAGCGCAAGAAAUUUAAGCUCGGCUCCUCCUCAAAAUCGACAAUGGCGCCCGCACAAAAAGGCUUUUCAUGGUCCAACAUUGGCGUUGGUGCCAUCAUGAACAUGUUCGAGGUCACGACGCUCGGUCAGCCCCUCGAGGUGGUCAAGACGCAGAUGGCCUCGAACCGAACCCAGACGAUGACGCAGGCGCUCUCGACUGUCUGGUCCCGGGGCGGCGUCAUGGGCUUCUAUCAGGGCCUGAUUCCCUGGGCCUGGAUUGAGGCCUCUUCGAAGGGUGCCGUGCUCCUCUUCACCGCCUCCGAGAUCGAGAAGGUGGCUUCCAAUGCUGGCGUCAGCCCCGGCUCUGCCGGCCUGCUCGGCGGCAUGGGCGGAGGUAUUGCUCAGGCGUACGCGACCAUGGGUUUCUGCACCUGCAUGAAGACCGCCGAGAUCACCCGCCACAAGCAAGCUGAGGCUGGCAUCAAGCCGCCCAGCACCUGGGCCGUCUUUGCCGACAUCUACCGUCGCGAGGGUAUCGCGGGCAUCAACAAGGGUGUCAAUGCCGUCGCUGUGAGGCAAUGUACCAACUGGGGCAGUCGGAUGGGUUUCGCACGAUUGGCAGAGCAGCCGGUGCGUGCCUUUAGCGGAAAAUCGGAGAAGGACAAGUUGGGCCCCAUGGAGCGUAUCAUUUGCAGCUCCAUCGGUGGUGCUCUUGGAUGCUGGAACCAGCCCAUCGAGGUUGUCCGAGUUGAGAUGCAAUCGAUGGCCAAGGCCGAGCCUGGCUCCAAUCGGCCGGCCAAGCCGACGAUUGCCAACACGCUCAGCUACAUCUACAAGGAGAACGGCUUCAAGGGGCUUUUCCGAGGCGUGCAGCCCCGUAUCGCCCUGGGAAUUUGGCAGACGAUCUGCAUGGUCUCCUUUGCCGACUACGUCAAGGAAGCGGUCGCCGCGGCAGCAAAGAAGGCCGACGAGGUCAAGGCCGCUGCUUGAUGAACACGGCCUCAAUUGCAACGAAUCCAUAGACUAGCCUUCACAGGCGCUCGCCACCUUAUUUGUUUCGUGCAGCAGGAGAUUCGUGGGGCUUGAGAAUGAAUGAAGAGCG